AUGGGAUCGACAAAUCAAAUCGAUCCAGUCCAGCUUCAAAAGGCGUGGUAUCAGCUCGCACGGCGCCAUGCUGCUUUGCGGACGAUAUUGGUUGAGGCUGCCCUUGAAGAUGUUGAAGGCGGGACCUUGACGCAUGUUGUACUUGAUUCAUAUCCUCGCGAAGUGAAAAUAAUUUGCUGCACAGAUGAUGAAGCCAUGCACGUCCUACGUCACCCAACAUUGAAUUCGAGGGAUAACGCUGGCUUGUUCUUCCGCAUGUCUCUUCUAUCUGCCAAACCAAUACGGCCAAGAGUAUUCUCUUGGGUCUCAUAUGCCCUCUCUCUGGCCGAGUGCAUGGAUUUCUGGCUUGAAUACCUUGCUGGUGCAAAGCCAUGCCACUUCCCGCGGUUGCCGAGAGAAAUACAGCCCGUUACGGACUUUCUUAAUUCAGUGGAAGUGAGCUUGGGACAUCCUAGCCCUCCGAGAAAGCUGUGUGCUUUGAACGGCCUAACGAUCACCAACCUGCUCCAGAUUGCCUGGGGUGUCGUACUUCGACAGCACACUAGCUCUGACGAUGUGUGCUUUGGGACCUUGCUCACUCUAAGUGAGAAUAUGUCCUUAAGAGAAUGUCUGCAAGAAAAUCAGGUCGCGAUGGCAAGCCGUUUAUCCAACCAGUACUGCUCACUGUUCGGGGUGAUGCAGCGUAUAGACAGCACCAGAUCUUUGUUCAACACCUGUCUAUCAGUAGAACAGCCAUUGUCCAAUAGCAACCGGAAGGAACCAGGCGUCCACUUCGGAGCACUUGAGACCUGUGAGGCUACGGAGUAUGACAUUGUCACUGUGGUCACUGUUGGCGAAGCAGAGAUGACAGCAAACAUAACCUACUGGUCAUCCGUCCUGACCAGGGAGCAGGCCAUCGCCGUCGGACGGGAUUUCCGGCUUGCCAUCUCUACGAUCACCGAGCAUAUUCGGUAA